AAAUAAUGGCGAGAUUGAGGACUUUCUCCUACUUAAAACAAAGUUCGAUCAAGUUGAUGCCUCAAACUAAUCUUCAAGUGAUAUCCACGUGCCAAACUAACGGAGGUGUGUUCUAGUUGUACAUGGUCAUGACAAACCAAGUCGCUAAAACACACCAAUAAACGUGCAAAACUAUGGGAGUGUUGUCUGUAUAACUGCACAUGCAACAUGAUAUUUUUCGAUUUUCGAUGAACGACGUUCGACUCGGCAGGGUUGUCAGCAUGACUGCGAAUGAUUCCGACAACGAUUUAUUUGUCACACAAAAUAGUUUCACGAACACUUUUGAGCUGGACGUUAAUUCAGAUUUUGAAACUUUACUAAAUUUGGAUUCAAAUGAACUUCCAAACUUUGAUGUUGGUAAAUGUGAGUUGAUUGAUCUCGAAGGGUUUUCCUCAGGUUCCGACACUGACCUGUACAAAGCAAGCCAAGCAAUUGAAUCUAACCUUCUUGAUAGGCUACCUUGUAACACUCGCUCGCCAUUAGCUUCAUCAGAAAUACCUCAAUCACGUGGCGCUUCUGAACAAAGCAUAGAUUCAAGUUCAGCAAGGUUUGCCAAGCCAACAUCUGAUAUUGACAUUAAGAAGUUGUGUGAUUCAGCAUACUCCUCGAAUACUGAAAACAAGAGUAUGUGGGCAGUUCGCUUGUUUCAAGGGUGGGUGAAGGAACGGCGUAAGAGGGGCAGAACAGAGGACAUGGUAUUGAACCCUGACAUUGUGUCACUGGCUCAGGAGGAAAGGGAGUUAAAUAAAACAUUGAUGUAUUUUAUGAUUGAGGUCAGAAAUCAGAAGGGCGAGGAAUAUCGCGGAAAUACUCUUUAUGAAAUUGUCUCAUCCCUACAAUAUUAUAUCAGAAGAAACGGCAGUCAACUGAAUUUUUUCGAAUCUCCGAUGUUUCAAGGAUUAAGGUCCGUGCUAGAUGCGAGAAUGAAAUAUUUGGCAAGACAGGGAAUCGGGAUAGAGAAAAGGCAGGCUGAAGUGAUCCGUGUGGACCAGGAAGACAUGUUGUGGGAGAAGGGGAUGCUGGGGGAGAGUACCCCCCAACAGCUAUUAGAUACAAUGGUGUAUUUAAUUGGCCUCAAUUGUGCUCUGAGGGCUGGUGAUGAGCACCGAUAUCUUAGAACGGGCCCGAAUUCACAGUUCGAAAUAACAGUAGGUGCUGAUGGGUUGAAAGGUCUAAAAUACAUGGAAGAUGUGUCCAAAACAAACAGAGGUGGCUUAAAACAUCGACAGUGUGAACGAAAAUGCGUCAAAGUGGGCCAGAACUUGGAACGUCCAGAGAGGUGCCUUGUUCGGCUUUAUGAAAAGUACAUGUCACUCAGACCUAAAGACGGAAAAUGCAACGCAUUUUACUUGAGGCCCUUGAAAUUUGUGAGAGAAAAUACAUGGUAUGCUGACAUUCCGAUUGGAUUACAUCCUUUAAGAGGCACUAUCGGAAGACUGUGUAAAGUGGCAGGUUUUAGUGGUUUUUAUUCCAACCACUCCUUGAGGGCCACCACUGCAACACGUCUGUAUGACUCUGGCCUAGACGAACAGCUUAUCGCUGAGAGGACAGGGCACAAGUCUGUGGCAAUACGAAGCUACAAGAGGACAUCUGCGGAGAUGGAAGCCCGUGUUGACAACAUCAUUCAGAGGAAAUCAAGUAAACCUGCAUCCCCAACUGAGUCGACAGUAAUCAGAUCUACGUCAACGGCAUCCACUGCAUCAACUUUGACCAGUACCAAAGAGACAAAUGAUGACACAGCUUCGAGGAAUGGACGCGAUCUCAAAUUGGUUCUUAGGGAUGGCGUUGUUUUGUCUCUAACAUUCUGAGAAUAAACGUUGGGUCAACAGUGACAUAAUCUUGUUAUAUUUUGUUGAAGUUAGUGAAGAGUAUAGGACGCAUUUCC